AUGUCUGGUGCUGGCAGUGCCCUGAGGUGGCUGGGAAGGCUGGCCUGUUCCUCCUCCUGUUAUUUCUGGCUGCCUUGGAACAUGCAUUCACAGGUAGCCCACACCCCUUCCUGGGGCACUGCCCUGGACUGUGCGCAGGGGUGGCUGCACAGGGCUGCACAGCUGUCUUGGCUGUCUCCCACCCCUGCGUGGCACUUGGUUGCUGGGGAGCUCCAAUGCUGGCACAAUCUGCAGCAGAGAGCCCUAACAUGCUGUGUGUUCCCUGGACAUGCAUGAAGAUAACUUCUUGGUGCAGGUACUAAGAGAGUUGACUCCAAAAAGUGCCCUGCUAUUUGUAAAUAAAGAGGAACUCGUGGGUGAAGCUGGACUCAGUGGUCCUUAUGGUCCCUUCCAAUCUGAAAUACUCUAUAAUGUUUCAGUUGUGGAAGGUGGUGGAGGCAUCCAAGGAUGGAUGUGGAUCUGUUUCUGCAGGUCUUCUGGUCCCUUUUAUGGGCUGGAGCCAUUUCCUACCCUCUUUUGAUGCUGGCUAUGUGUACCUUGCCGCUCUUUGCCUUCCUGCUGCUCCUGUUGAGACGUGCACUUGGCUUGUUCCAUGCCUCUGCCUGCUCCCGGCCCUUGGCUUGUGCUGCUGGAUCUGGGCCCUGGAUGGUGGGAGUGGGGAGCAGUAAGACUGGGAGGUGAGGAUGGGACACUGGGAAGACACAUGUGGAGCUGCAGACAUGUUCUGGUGUCCUGAUGCUGCUCCUUUCUGGAAAUUGCCUCCCAACGCCUGAUGUUGCAAGAAGGUUUCUGGUAAUAGGGAAAUAAUGUAAUCUGCCACCUUGCUAUUCUGGGUACCCCGUGUCUGCUUGUGUGGGACAGGGUGACCUUGCUUGGAGUCCUGCUGUGCCCGUGGUGCUGCCUAUCCUGUCUGAGAACAUUCUCAGCGAUGGUGCUGCCCAGGUGGGUCCUUGCCUACAGCUGGCAGCGCUGGCAGGAGUGGGAGGUGUGUGAGUAGUAACAGCCAUGCUGCUGUCUGUGCCUUGACCUUACUUCGUCAUGGGGUCAGGAAGGAAAGGGAGGUUGCUGAACUGCAGUUCCUCGAUUCUGAGAAGCGGGGGCAGAAGAGCUUGAGUCACUUCGUUAGAAGCAUGAGCUAGUGUUUCCAUCACCGCAUACUCCCGGAGUUUUCCCCACCCAGAGGAUGCGGGGGAGGCAGCUGCCUAGCGCUCCUGCCUGCCCUGCUGUGCUCCCCUCCGCUCUGCAAGAGGCUGAAAAGCUUUUUGCCUCGAUAGCGGCAAUGCCGGAGCAGGGCAUUGCCCAUGAUGCCGGCGAGGGGCUGGCUUACCUCUCUGAGCUGCUGCUUUGAAUGGGCGCUCAGACAGGCAAGCACUGGAUUGCAUCAGGCGCGGCCUGCUGACAGGCAGCUCCCAGGCUGAGCGCUGGAGAGGGUGGUGCUGGCCCCUGCCUCUCUCCUGGCUGCCGAACAGUUCUCCCAGGACUGGCGUUUCCCAUCGCUUAGGGCUGCCUGUUGCUCCCAGAACGGAGGGGCCUGUAGCGGAGCAUACGGAGGUCGGGGGAGAGUCACCCCACAAGCCGCGGGCUGAGCUCCGCUGGCAGCGCCUGCAUCGGGGCUGGCCUCGCCUCUUCGCCUCGCUCCCAGCCGCGGCGGGGCACGGCCGGGACAGGCUCUGUUCUCAUGGCACAUCUGGACCCGGGGGACCCUCAGCUGCUCCCUCCGUGGCGUUUCCCGAAGGAGCAGAGUGCCUUGCCCUGGUCUCGGAGCUGCCGGCCGCAGCAGCCGCACUCCCGCCGGCCGAGCCGUGCCUCGCCCCGGUGCCACUUGUCGCUGGAAUUUAUAUUUUCAAAAACGAGCGCGGGAACCGGGGGGCGGGUGGGGCUAGGAGGAACUCGGCUCUGCCUGCUCCCGCCUCCUCCCCUGGGGCUUUGGGUGAAAGCUGAUGAGCGCCCGUUCCCGCCUCCAUUUGUACCAAUCUAUCACGGGCGGAACUCGCCCCCCUCUAAUGCUCUCGGCCGCGGCGCGGAACGGAACCGAGUUCACCUAAAGGGGAUCGCACGGGGGCGAGCCGAGCCGAACCGAACCGCGCCGCAGGUGAGUGGUGGCGGGCGCUGCCGCCGGACCGGGAGGGGCUUGGCGCAACCGGUGCCGGUCUUGCAUCAGCUGCCGCCAGCCCGCACGUGGCCGGUCCUGCCGCGGGGCCGCGCUCGCAUUCUGCCGUCCCCGCCGCAUCGCCGGGCUCCGCGGUGGCACUCCUGGGGACCGGAGAUGCCCCCGCGGGGGCUGAGGCGCUGUUCCCGAGCUAGCAGCUUCCCACACCUACGCCGAGUCGCGGCGGGAUGCGAUGGCUGCCGGGCUGCGGUAGGCACCGGGAUGCAGCGGGAGCCUCCUGCUGCCGCCUGACCCGUGCGGAUCUCGAGUCGGGUACUUGGAACAAUUGAGCAGCGCUGGGGAAGGCAGCUAGAGUUGUCCAGAGAAUGUGGUGCAGAUGCCAAAAGCAACAAAGGAAUGGCUGCAUCCAGUGAGUUAGCCCAGCCUGUCAAAUCCUGUGCUGGAGGGAUUCUUUGUCUCCACAUCAUUGCUGCUGUGCACACCCAUGUGCCAGGCUGGAGAAAUGUACCAGCAGGCAAGUUUGGUUUGAAGGAUCUCCAGGCUGCCAAGCCUGGGAAACAAUGGGCAAGCUUUGGGAUGCACCUAUGAGCUCUAUGGUUAAUACCACACAGGGCUUGAGCAAUGAGCAUUUCCCAGCAUGGACUGACUGGGUUCAUCCCUGACUCACUGUCAUGGUGCAAGGGCUGUGCAGGCAGGGUGUGUGCAGCCCCACAGUGCCUUGGAGGGUGCCACUACCAUGGUCUCUGGCCAACCAGUGUGGCAGGGGCAUGGUGCCAAUGAGUGAGCUGGGAGCAGGCUCCUGUGGGCAUCAUUUCCUACCCUGCCCCUUGAAGUGCCAGUCCCGCUGCUUAAAGGACACUGAGAUUCACAUUUCCCUUUUCUUGCAGGGCUUUUGACCAGCUGAGCUUCACUGAGGAGAAGACAAGAUGUUGGGGGAAAAAAUGACCGGUUUUGGGAGGAAGCUGAUCCGCCGGCGCGUGGUGGACCUGAGCUCCGACGACACACAUUUUGCUCGCUGCCUCUCCACACUGGAUCUCAUAUCCCUGGGUGUGGGCAGCACACUAGGGGCUGGUGUGUAUGUGAUGGCCGGGGAGGUAGCCAAGGAGAUGGCUGGUCCCUCCAUCGUCCUCUGCUUCCUGGUGGCUGCUUUCUCAUCUGUACUGGCUGGACUCUGCUAUGCAGAGUUUGGGGCCCGUGUCCCCAAGGCCGGCUCUGCGUACCUCUACAGCUACGUCACCGUUGGUGAGAUCUGGGCUUUCAUAGCCGGGUGGAACCUCAUUCUCUCCUAUGUGAUAGGUACGGCCAGUGUGGCUCGAGCGUGGAGUGCAACAUUUGACAACAUCAUCGGCAACCCCAUCUCCACCUUCUUCGCCAACAAGAUCCCAAUGCACCUGCCAGGAGUGCUGGCCGAGCAUCCAGACUUCUUUGCUUUGAUCCUGAUUUUGCUGCUCACUGUACUGCUGGCUUUUGGUGUCAGCGAAUCUGCCCUCGUGAACAAAAUCUUCACGGCGGUGAACCUGUUGGUGCUGAGCUUUGUCAUCAUUGCUGGAUUCAUCAAGGGAGAUAUCAAGAACUGGCAGCUUUCAGAGAAGGACUGUAUCAACUGCUCGCUGCCAGACUCACCGGAUGACAUGAAAGAAGCUUUUGGCUCUGGUGGGUUCUUCCCCUUUGGACUGGGAGGGAUGCUGACUGGCGCUGCCACCUGUUUCUAUGCCUUUGUGGGCUUUGACUGCAUUGCCACCACAGGAGAGGAAGCCAGGAACCCGCAGCGCUCGAUUCCCAUUGGCAUCAUUGUGUCCCUCCUCAUCUGCUUUGUGGCUUAUUUUGGGGUCUCUGCAUCCCUGACUCUCAUGGUGCCCUACUUCCUCCUGAACAAGAACAGCCCUCUGCCUGAGGCUUUCAAGGCAGUUGGUUGGGAGCCUGCUCGCUACGCCGUUGCCGUUGGCUCGCUCUGUGCCCUCUCCACCAGCUUGCUGGGCUCCAUGUUUCCCAUGCCCCGAGUGAUCCAUGCCAUGGCAGAGGACGGGCUGCUCUUCAAGUUCCUCUCCCGGAUCCACAGUGGCAGAAAGACCCCUCUGAUCGCCACCUUUGUCUCGGGGUUCUUUGCAGCGGUGUUUGCCCUCCUGCUUGACCUGAAGGACCUGGUGGACCUCAUGUCGAUCGGCACGCUGCUGGCCUACUCCCUGGUGGCCGUGUGCGUGCUCAUCCUCCGGUACCAGCCCAGACAGCCGAACUCCCCGAAGGCCACGGAAAUGCUGGAGCUGAAUGGGAACGAGGAGGAGACAGUGAUCAUGAACCCGACCAUCACUGCUGCCAGUGCCCAGCACAAAGAGACCUUGUCCCUGGUGAUGCUCUUCAACCCGCCUGGGGACACCCCCACUGUGCUCUCGGGGCGCAUUGUCUAUGUCUGUGUCACGGUCAUUGCUGCACUGAUCACAGUCAUCUGCGUGGUCCUGACCCUCAAUAUGGCUGCGCUGAAGGAUGCCAAUGUGGGCUGUGUCGUGGCUCUGGUGCUGCUCCUCAUGGCUCUGCUCAUUUUCACCAUCAUCAUUUGGAGGCAGCCGCAGAGCAAUGCACGAUUAAACUUCAAGGUACCUUUCCUCCCACUCGUGCCAAUCUUCAGCACCUUCAUUAACAUCCUGCUGAUGGUACAGCUGAGUGCCGCCACCUGGGCGCGGUUUGCCGUCUGCAUGGUUCUGGGUUUCAUUAUUUACUUCACCUACGGGAUUUGGAACAGCGUGGAAGGGAAAAAUGCGGAAAAAGCCUGUGCCACAGUAGAAAAACCUCUGCACCAUCCUGGACUGGACCUCAGCCCUGGGGCUGCUGCGGUGUGAGGGCCUGGGGACCAGCACUCCAUGGACCUCUUUGCCACUUUGGGGCAAGAUCAUGAUCCAUCUAUCCCCUCUCCUGCAGAGACUGAGUCCCAGGGUGAAGUACUAAGAUCUGAACAACAGGCCCUGAGCCAAAGCUGACCUAGGAUGAACACUCCAACCAAAUGUUGUAUGUUUCCACUUUAACAAAGUAUUGUUAUAUGUACUCACUUAUUGGCAAAACAUGUUCACCUCUCUGUAUCUAGAAACAGGACAGGGCCACAUCUGGCUUUAUUAGGUGGUAUAGGAUCAGAGACAACUCCCUUGAAUCCUCCUUGAGCCCUGGCCAGGCUCUGGGAGAAAGCUGACAGGAAGAUGAAAUCAGAAAUGAUGUCAGCUGGUUUGUUUAGCAGUGUAAAACCUGGACCACUGUCCCAGCAAAGUGGGGGAGCCUGGUGGCCUGCAAAGGAGGAGGCACUGCAGGAGCUCCCAGCUCCUGGCCUGGUUCUCCAGUCCUUGGCUGUGGCAGCUUCCCCCAGAGCUGAUGUCUCUUGGGCUUGGAUGAUGUGUGAUGGAUCUUCCUUCAUCACUGUAGGCAUUCUUUCCUAGCAAUGAUUAGCAUUGCUCAGCCUGUCCCUUUGCAAUUCUUUGCUCAUGGUUAGGUGCCUUGCUUAGCUUAUCUUUUUGUGAUUCUUUGCAGUUUUACAUCAUGGUAAUGCCACUGUUCCUUAAGUUGGUGUCUGUGUCUCUGACCCUACUCACAAAACAAAAACCAGCGUAUCAGCAGGGUCAGAACAAACUGUUGCUUUUAAAAUCUAAAUGAAAAGAAUCAGCCCUGUCUGAAAUUCCCAGAUGGGAAGACCUUCCAUAUAGUUCACUGGUCCUUAAGUGGGCUAAGGUUAGAGGACCAUGUGAGCAAUGGGGAAGUCAGUUAAAAUAAGUUGAACUGCUGGAUGUAUAUUGAAAUGCAUCCAAAAAUUGCAUACUGAAAAAGGAAAAGAACUUGUGGAUUGGAAAGGCAAGGAUGAAUUUUGUUAACAGUAUAUCAAACAAAAACACCAACAAAAGGAACAGUUGUUGAAAUGCUCUAACAUGGACCAACAGAUGUGAGUUGCAGAAUCAAACUGUAAUGCUAAAAUGCCCAAAUAAGCUACUUGCUGAUAAGAUGGAUUUACCAGACUUGCUGAGAAGGCUGCAGUUAGAGUAGCUCAGUAUAAGGAAAGGAGAGGGCAAGUGAAUGACAAGAAAAUGCAUGCAGUUAUUGCAGAGGCAGGUGUGCAGUGGGAUCCUGAUAAAUGGAAUGGAGAUAUUUGGGAUUCUGUACAUUCUGAUGAGGCUGGUUCCCGAGAUGAAUUUGUAGAUGUGAGACCAGCAUGGAGACGAAAGGUAGAAUUAGAUUCUAAUGGUCAGGAGGGAUACUCAUAGAGGAUUAUACUCAGCAUGAAGUAAAUUAAAUAUUUGAACAGUUUAGGAAAAAACAGGGGAACCUCUUUUCUCUUGGGUGGUGUGCUUGCAUGAUCAGGGAGCAUCAGGGAUAACCCUAGACUCAGGGGACUCUAAGAGUUUUUAGUUUGAGUUUGGAUUCUUUUGUGCAGGAUGCAUUUUGGAAUAACAUUCACUAUGCUUUGGCUGUACCACUAAAUACCCUACAGAAAAUUAUUGGCAAGGAUCUGAAAGUCAGUGGUACACUUGGUGAGAUUUUGUACAAGAUGCAUGAGAACCUCUUGUGAUUUUGUAUUUGUAGAUAACGUUACUGAAGAUACAAGUAGUCACUCCAAUAUUUGUACUUGUAACUAUUGCAAUGACAGGAUUUUAGUUAUUUAUUUUUUGUUUCUAUUUUUUAAAUGAAGAUUUUUAGUUUUUUACCUCCUGUUGUAUCCUGUCAAUUUUUGGAAUCUAACUAUACCCUGAUUCAAGACUUGCAGCCUACUCCCAUUGGUAUGAACUGGUAAAGGUACUGUUCCAACACAGACCUGAGGCUUGCUGAAACAAACCCAGGAGAAUGGAUAAAAGGCUUUAAUUGCUGUCCAUCAUGGCAUGGCAGAAAUCCAUCAUGUGAUGUAGGCACACAGUUUGUGAUGAUUGGGACGGGCUGGCCCAGCCUCAUCCCCAGUGGCACAGCUGUGAGCAGCACUGACAGCAGCGAGCCAUGGAGUGCCCAGGGGUGCUGAGCACCCACCAAAGGGAGCAGGGGGCACACAGGGGCAGUGGAUCAACAUCAGGGGUGUAAAAGGCUGGGCUGAAGAACAAGAUGGGCAGAUGCUUGCAGCUUUGUGAGGUGAUAUGAUGUUACUCUGUGUGGGCAGACACCUGAAGCCUUCUGAAGGGGUCUGGUGUCACUCUGUUUGGGUUGAAGCUUUCUGGUAUUGAAUGGUUGGUGACACUCUGUGUAUUGUGCCCAUCUCAACCUGUGCUGUGACAAUGUGAUGGAGCAGGUGAAGAAAGAUGGAGAACACUUAGGGCAUUCUUUUUGGAUGGGUGCCUACAGCUACCAGAAUUCUCAACUGAGUGCUUCACCCUGGUGUUGUUUUAUUGAUGCUAAUCCUUUUGCUUUUUGUUCUGGUAAUUGCAUAUUAUGUUAAGGUUUGGAUGAUCAUGAAACAAUUAGCUUACCAACUACCUCCACUGAUAGUAGACAAUCCAUGUGGUACCAAAGCAUGAAAUGUUCUCAAGCUCUGUUUGGAUAUUGUGAAGCUUGAGUGACUAUAGUCACAGAGAGUGUAUUGUGUAGGAAAAUGACUGGGAACUCUGUGGACAGGUAACUGGGGGUACACUUAGAGGAAACUGAGGAUUUAGAACAGUAUGGAAAUUAGAGGGUAUAUAUAUUCCUUAGUUUGGUGUGUGUGUGUCUCUGACCCUACCUACUAGCAAAACAGAGUCAGGACUGCAGAGCUGGGUCGUGUGCUGCCUCUCCCCCUCACAGGGAAGUCCCCUGGCUGGGUGGGAGUGCUGGUGCCCCAGGGCUGCUCUCUGCCCUCCUCCAGUCCCACAGAGGGACAGUGACACCAGCACAGCCCUCUGGCCAUGAAAGCUGCUUUCUCUGUGCACAGGAGGCUCCACGUAAUGGUGCAGCUGUACUCAUUCCAUCUGUCAUGUGGCUGUGUUCACCACCUCCUCCCUGCUUCCCAAGUGCCAGACUUGUACGUGGCAGCCGUGGCUGGAGCUCUGCAGAAGGCUUACUGCAAAUUGUUCUGGUACUCAUGGUACUCUGGUACUCACUGCUAGCAAACUGGUACUGCCCUGACCAUGCUUUUUGAUGUAAAUAUCUUGUUGAAGUGUCAGUGAGAUGUCUUCAGUGUAGUUGUACUUGUGUCCAACCUCAUCUGCCUUUCUAUAAUUUUAAAGCUAAUUUUUUUACUCUA